AUGGAACCAGAAUACACAGUCGAAAUCGUCGUUCUCGGAGCCUCGGUUUCUGGGAAGAAGAGUUUCAUACGAAGGUAUUGCGAAGAAGUUUUUACAGAUGGAUACGAUGCCAUUGCAGAAACAUCUGAAGACUCGCGCCUAGCCAACAUCGCGGGCAUUCAGACACUCAUCAAAUUAAAUCGCAUCCCGUCAACGCUCAUCGACUCUGCUCCCGAAUCUUGUCGCUUAGCAGCCGAAGCAGAUGCCCUCAUCCUGCUAUACGAGGGCUCAUCGUCCGAGAGUUUAGAGGAGCUCCGGCGCAUGAGACUUCAAGUACUGGCCCCGUACCUGGAAGAAGUGGCGCCGCCUACAGCCGUCGUUGCGGGCAGGGCGGACGGCGCGGAGGCCGCGGGGCAAGCAUGGGAACGUGGAAUAGAAGAGGGGAGCGAACUAGCAGUUCUACUGGAUGCUAAAUUUGGGGUCGCAUCGGCUCUUUGGGGGGACGGGGUCAAGGAUGUGGUAGAGGAGUUGGCAGCAAGAGUAUUGGAGAACAAAGGUGUCGACAAGGAGGCUCUAAUGGGAGCAGGAUCGUGA